AUGGGUUUCAGACGAAACAGCGAGCAGCAGCAGCCCGAGCUCCGGCCUGCGUUGGCGGACGAUGAGGCUCUUUCGCCGACGCUGGGGUGGAAGCCCAGCGGCCACGAACUGAUGAUCAUGAUCGUGUUGAGCGUCAUCUCAUGCAUGGUCUCUCUUGACGCCACUAUCAUCGUCACAUCUCUCAGUUCAAUAGUAGAAGACCUCCAGGGCUCCACGACCCUGGGCAUAUGGGUUGGCACAGCCUAUCUCCUCUCGACAGCUGUGGCCAUGCCCUUCCUCUCCUCCCUUUCCGACAUCUUUGGUCGUCCCAUUGUACUCAUAUUCUCCGUGUCCAUGUUCACAGUGGGCACCAUCAUCUGUGCCACUUCCCACGGCUUCGCCCAGCUUCUUGCUGGCAGGUCUAUACAGGGUACAGGUGGAGGUGGCAUUGUGGUUGUAUCGCUUGUGAUCUUCACGGACAUCGUCCCCCUCCGGCACAGGCCCAAAUGGUACGGUACUGUUCAGGGGGCGUGGGCACUUGGGACCUGCAUCGGCCCAAUCGCUGGUGGUGCCAUCGCGGAGCACACCACGUGGCGCUGGAUCUUCUAUAUCAUGCUUCCCUUCUGCGCAUUCGGGCUGGUCACCAUCCCCUUCCUGUUGACGAUGAAGCCCCGUGUGGAGACAAUGGGUGUCAAGCUGCGGCGUAUCGACUGGGCUGGCUCGCUCAUCUUCAUGGCCAGCGCUACCUCGUUCCUCAUCGCCAUCUCGUGGGGUGGCACGCAGUUCUCCUGGUCCAGCGCUGCCACCCUCGCGCCCCUGGCUGCAGGCGCUGCUGGCCUCGCCGGUACGGCAGUGUGGGAGCGUUUCGGGGCACGAGAGCCCUUCAUGCGGCACGAGUUGUUCCGUUGUGCCUCUGCCGUGGCUACAUAUGUCUGCAGCGCCGCGCAGGGCCUGCUUCUUUUCGGCCAGCUCUACUACAUCCCCUUUUACCUCAUGUCUGUGCUGGCCUACACGCCCCUCCACACAGGUCUCUGCAUGCUCCCCGUCAUGCUGACGCUCGUCCCGUCUUCCGUCGUGACGGGCGCCCUCAUCACGCGCUUCAACAACUACCGCUGGCCCAUCUGGGCCGGCUGGGCCGUCUGCACCGUUGGCUGCGGGCUCGCCACCAUCUGGGGCGUUGAUACGCACGCCGCCGUGUGGGCCAUCACCCUCAUCAUCCUGGGCUUCGGCCACGGCGCCACCUUGAACGCACAAAACUUUGCCGCCCAGGCCAUCUGCGGCCCCGGCGACGAGGCCCACGCCGCUGCCACCUACGCCUUCAUGCGCCACCUCGGCACCGCCCUGGGGGUCGGCAUCGGCGGCACUGCCUUCCAGAACGUCAUGGCGUCCCAGCUCCGCCAUGUCGGCGCGCCUGUCGAGAUAGCGAGGCAAGCCGAGAGCUUCCUGCCGCAGCUGCUCGCGAUGCCUGCGGGCCAGGCUAAGGACGACAUCGUCUCCGGCUACGUAUCGGGCAUCCGCGGCGUGUUCCGCGUCUACCUUGCCAUCAGCGGCGUGGCGUUUUUCGUAUCGCUGCUUAUCCGCUUCUUCGACAUGAACAAGGACCUGCGCACCGAGCACAAGCUGCAGGAGAACCGCAUCUCGCGCAUCGAGCGCGCGGCGGUUGACGUGCUGCUGGCCGUCAAGGAGGUCCCUGAGAGAGACAUUGCCUCUCCCCACUCGAGGACGUCGAGUCGGACACAUGUCGAUCUUGCGACCCCGCCGCCGGCAUUUCUGAAAACGGACUCGAUGACCCCGAGGGAGUCUUUGUCUACUGAGAGGCCUGCGACUGUUGGCGACGGCUGUUGA